UUUGUUAUUCUUCAGAUGUCCUGCCCUCCACUAUAAAGUAACUGAUAGAAGAGCAACGGCUGUUAUAACCAAACCUCUGAAAUUGCUUUUUGUGUAUUAAAAAAAACUGCAUAACCAUCAUUCAACUUGUACCUAAAGAAAGGCCAACAAUGGUGUGCGUAAUCGGAUUCGAGGGUUCUGCUAACAAGUUGGGAAUCGGCAUUGUGCGAGAUGGGACGGUUUUAGCCAAUCCCCGAGUGACUUACAUAACUCCGCCAGGGGAGGGCUUCAAACCUGGUCCUACUGCCAAGCAUCAUCGUCAACAAAUUCUAAAGGUUCUACGUAAAUGUCUUGAUGAGGCGGCCAUUCCCAUAACCGAAAUUGACGCCGUCGCAUUUACGCAGGGCCCAGGAAUGGGCGCACCUUUGGUGUCAGUUGCUGUGGUGGCCCGAACUGUUGCUCAGCUGUGGAAUAAGCCACUAUUGGGUGUGAAUCACUGCGUUGGUCACAUAGAAAUGGGCCGACUUAUCACGGGAGCAGAUAACCCAACGGUUUUAUAUGUCAGUGGUGGCAAUACGCAGGUGAUUGCUUACGCCAACAGAAGGUAUCGUAUUUUCGGUGAAACAAUUGACAUUGCCGUUGGUAACUGUCUGGAUCGGUUUGCGCGGGUGCUUAAGUUGAGUAAUGAUCCCAGUCCGGGUUACAACAUUGAGCAACAAGCCAAGAAUGGCACAAAGUUUGUUCCUCUCCCAUAUGUGGUAAAGGGGAUGGAUGUUUCUUUCUCUGGUCUACUAAGCUUUUUAGAAGAACGAACAGAGCAACUCCUGAAGGAUGGUUAUACGCCUGGGGAUCUCUGCAUGUCUCUGCAGGAAACAAUGUUCUCUAUGUUAAUUGAAACAACUGAGCGAGCUAUGGCUCAUACCGGAAGCCAGGAAGUACUCAUCGUUGGUGGGGUGGGUUGUAACAAGCGUUUGCAAGAGAUGAUGCAAAAAAUGGCAGAAGAACGUGGUGCAAAGCUCUUUGCGACCGACAUGAGAUUUUGUAUAGACAAUGGGGCGAUGAUAGCCCAGGCGGGUUGUUGUAUGUACGAGGCUAAAAUGGUAACUGCCAUCGAAGACAGUGCAAUAACACAAAGAUACCGAACUGAUCAAGUCGAGGUUCUCUGGAGAAAUUAGUUACCUAUCCGUUCAGUUCAGAGUUAUAACUUACAUGCUAUUACCUUAUGUUGAUUUUGUCAUAUAUCAAGAUUGUAUAAAAUAUUGUUUAUUUUAAAAAAUGUUAAGUUAAAAAAUGUAGCUGUAACAGGCGAUGUAUAAUAGAGUGACAUAUUAGAUAGAUUCCUAAAAAUGAAUCAGAAUUUGUAUUCCCUGGAGGUAAACGUUUUGCUUACUUUAGUAUAAUAUAUCGAAUAAUGGGUUAUUUUUUCGUCAAAAAAUGAAAUCAUAUCAGUAUUUUAACAUAGAGAGCAGUUUCAAGUAAACCUUAACUUUUAAGUAAAAAUUAGAAAUUCUAUCGAAGUUACGGUUUAAGUUAAUUAUCUACUGUCCUUCAUGUAUUGUAAUUGAUCGUUUAUAUCGAAAACGCGUAGUUUGAGCAUUCAAUGACACAGCUUUAAAGCUUUGAAACCAACCGCUACGAGAACGUGUUUACCUGAUUAUGUUUCCUGAUUAUUUUACCUGUUUUCUAUCUGAUGAUCAGCCUGAUGAGAGUUAUUAUUAUUUUAAACCAAAAUCGGACUGUUCUAGCACUUUAAAAAUUUGUUGGUUGAGAGGAGAGGCACGUCAUUCGACCAGCCGUUGAAUCAUUCGGCUGAGUUCCUAUGAGGCACCCUAUUCCUGUGACAGUUCGAUUGGAGGAUUCAAAUCGUUGAAUCUUCUUAUGCAACACAUA